CGUUGCCUGGUAGCGGCCGUCCCGGCCUUCCCCUCCCCGCCGCCCGGGGAUGAGGGCCGCAGACUGGUGUCUGAGCUCGGCGGGGGCCGCCGUCGUCCUGGCCACCUCCAGCGACGAGCAGCACCCGGCCGAGAACAUGGCGGACGGAAGUUCAGAAACGUUUUGGACGACGACAGGGAUGUUCCCACAGGAAUUCAUUAUCGGUUUUCCUAAAUGCGUAAAAAUCAGCAAAGUCGCAAUCCAGUGUUAUUUGGUGCGGACCUUAAGGAUUGAAAGAAGCGUAUCUAAAGACCCAGUAGGUUUUGAACAGUGCAUUGAAAAAGAUUUGCAACACACAGAAGGACAGCUUCAAAUGGAAGAAUUUCCGCUUCCUGAUUUCCAAGCCACUUACUUGCGUUUCAUCAUCAAAUCUGCCUUUGAUCAUUUUGUGUCAGUGCACCGGGUGAUGGCAGAGGGCACAGCAGAAAACACUUAAGUCCAGCUUAAAUUUGAUGGCGCGUAUUUCUUGGGGGUGAUAAUUCCAAGGCCCCACUCCUCCCUGCAGAGGCAAUAAAAUUACACAGUGAUGCUCAAGCAGGCAAAGCGUCAGUCCUCUGGCACGCAGCAGUUGCACCAGAACUAUGGGCAGAUGUGCCUGAGCUUCCUUUGCAUGGCAGCCGUCGUGUGGGAGAUGGUGCAUGCACAGGUUACACCCUGCUGUGUAACUGGGACAGGGCCAGACUCUGGAUCCUGGAGCUGGACAGCUUAGAUGUACUUAGGUUUCCUAAUGAGCCAAAGGAUAAAUAUUUGAGCAGGACUGAGGUGUACAUCAAAUAUGUACUUCAUAAAGGCCCAGACUGGUUUUGCUACAAGUCCGUUUUCUCUCCAGUCACAGUAAAUUGUGAAAUUACUAGUUCUGAAACAGAAUGAAAUCCUGACUUAAAUGUAAAGCAUCCUCAAAUUAUUUUGAAAUUUAAAAAUCUCAAUAUAUUGUGCUCAUUAUUAUUGUCAAUAUUUCUUACCUUAU